AGGCUCCCAGUGGACAGACCGAACAUAUAAGAAGGAAACCAGAGAUCUGGUGCUAUUACGUCCCCGAGUCUAAGGGAACGAAAAAGCACAGAAUUCAAAGCAUUCUUCAGCCUGAAUUUUUAAGGUAGGUCUGCACAAUUUCUAUAUACUGUACUUGGAAAGUAGAACAUACAUUAAACGAAAAUAUUUUUUUGUGGAUGAACUUUCCCUUUUUCCUGUAUUUUAACACUGUAUUUUGCAAAAACUCUUAAGUUAUUAAACUACUGUUUCUCUUACAGGGGUGCACUUAGGAACUAGGCAAGCUGAUUUAUGAUAACUAAAUUUUAAACUCCAACAACCAGAGGCAUAAGAAUUAGGAGCUGCUGACCUUUCAGUAUGAAGGGCAACUUCACCCUCGCCGCCAUCAGCAAAAACAUCACCAACAGUCUUCACUUCGGACUCGUGAACAUCGUUGGCAACCAGUCUACCUUCAACUGCUCGCAUAAACCGUCAGAUAAGCAUUUAGACGCAAUCCCUGUCCUCUACUAUAUCAUUUUUGCGAUUGGAUUUCUUGUCAAUACUAUUGUGGUUACACUGUUUUGUUGUCAAAAGGGCCCUAAAAAGGUGUCCAGCAUUUACAUCUUCAACCUGGCUGUGGCUGACUUAAUGCUCUUGGCUACUCUGCCUCUCUGGGCAACCUAUUACUCUUACAGAUAUGACUGGCUCUUCGGCCCCGUCAUGUGCAAAGUUUUUGGCUCCUUCCUGACCCUGAACAUGUUUGCGAGCAUUUUUUUCAUCACCUGCAUGAGUGUCGAUAGGUACCAAUCUGUUAUCUAUCCCUUUCUGUCUCAAAGAAGGAAUCCCUGGCAAGCGUCUUACAUAGUUCCCCUGGUCUGGUGUAUGGCCUGUGUGUCCUCGCUGCCAACAUUUUAUUUCCGAGACGUCCGAACCAUUGAGUAUUUAGGAGUGAAUGCUUGCAUUAUGGCUUUCCCACCCGAGAAAUAUGCCCAAUGGUCAGCUGGCAUUGCCUUAAUGAAAAAUAUCCUCGGUUUUAUUAUCCCUUUGAUAUUCAUAGCAACGUGCUAUUUCGGAAUCCGAAAACACUUACUGAAAGCCAACAGCUAUGGGAAGAACAGAAUAACGCGUGACCAAGUCCUAAAGAUGGCGGCUGCUGUCGUUCUGGCAUUCAUCAUCUGUUGGCUUCCCUUCCAUGCUCUGACCUUCCUGGACGCUCUGGCCUGGAUGGGUGUCAUUAAUAGCUGUGAAGUUAUAGCCGUCAUUGACCUGGUACUUCCUUUUGCCAUCCUCCUGGGAUUCACCAACAGCUGCAUUAAUCCCUUUUUGUAUUGUUUUGUUGGUAACCGGUUCCAGCAGAAGCUCCGCCGGGUGUUUAGGGUUCCAAUUACUUGCCUCCAAGGCAAGCGAGAGAGCGUGUCGUGCCGAAAAAGCAGUUCCCUUAGAGAAAUGGAGACCUUUGUGUCCUAAGCGUGCGAGUGGAACGCAGGGUGACAGCACGGCCACUUGGUUUGAGGUUCCCUGGAAUUAUCUUUUGGAUGGCUUGAGUGACAUGAUAAGUUUUGCCCUUGACGGAAUCUGGUCUCACUGUUCCAGAACAGGAAACCAAACG